GUUGGUUUCGGGGGCGGCUUCCAUAACGUGAUAAGACUUCACAAAUAUAACAAAUGAUGGCGAUGGAGGCGGCGAUCAUGCAGGACGCAGCUGCUGCUGCUGCGUUUGAAGAAGAGGAAACACCGCUGGAGAUGGUGCGGAUGCAUAGGCGACAGAUGGAGGAUAUCUAUGCCGCGCUGAUUCAACAUCGCCAUAAUGUAUCACCGGAACUUUUGGAGGAGGGGGAGGAAUUGUUCGUUGGAUGGGAGGAGAUCCAUGCAAACCUUUCUCUCCAAAGGUUGGGUACUGCUGAGAGAGCACAGGUGAUGGCUGAGUUGCGGGAUUGUACUGAAAUGAUAGGGAGAGUGAGAGGGAUCUUCGUUGAGCUUUGGGAGGGGCUGUAUGAGAAUACAAGACGUGAAGAUUCGAAACGGCGUCGUUGCGUGGGGUUUGAGGAGAGGCAAGUGCCUUGUGCUACGACGCGGGGUUGUGUGUAUGAAGCUGAUGACGUCUGUACUUCAGCCACUUCUGCGAACAAGGAGGCUGCGAUUUGCCGCGAGGAGCUUGAGGAGGGGCAGGGUGCUUGCGGUGAAUUGGAGGAGCGCUUGUUUGCUGAUGACGAGGAUUGUUCUCCGCGGGGAGGAGGGGCCAUGGCUAUGUGCGAUAACAACAGCAACAACAAUAAUUGCACUGAUGUUGAUGGUGAUCAGCGUGGGGAAGACGAUGACAACAACAUCAACAACAACAUCAACGACGGCAACAAGAAUAACAACAACGAUUACGAUAAUUACAACGAAAUCGACGGCGGUUACAACAGUGUUCACGAUGAUGGCAACAGAAGCGAUAUUGAGAACACCGACAACAAAAAUGACCUCAUGGUGUCGGUGCAGCAGGGCGCAAACAUCGACAACAACAACUAUACUGUGCGUGAUGGCGGCCUGUGGGCGUGUGGAAAAGGUGAUGAUCACAACAUCAACAGCGAUAUCAACAAAUCAGCCGGCGUUAGCAUGACUGAGAAUAAAACAGCCGGCGACGACACAGAUGAUAACAGCCAAGAAAACGGGCAGUCUCCUUCCCCCUUUCCCCACCCUUCUUUUCUCUUUUCUUGCUGGUCUUUUUUUAGGAUUGAUCAGGGCUAUGGGCGAGAUGGGAGGGUGAUUGGAAUGCCUGGUAAACAGGAAGACUGUGUGGGGACGUGGGAAGUUGACUGGAGGCGUGUAGGGGUGGGAUAGUGACGCUUGGAUAAUUGGGUUGCAUAGGGUUGCACGCGAGAGGUUGAUCUUAUCGUACCUUUUUUGGGGUUGCGUGGCGACUACUGCCAUGUAAAAUGGGUAAAUGAAUAUGGCAACUCAGG